AAUACACUCCCUCGGCCUCUCUCCCUCUCUCCCUCUCUCUUCUCUCUACUCUCUUCUCUCCUCUCUCUCUCUCUUGUUUUGAGAUUUGCAGGCCAAGAAAACGCAGGGGAAGGAGAGAGAAGAGAGAGAGAGAUAUGAGAGUGAUUUAAAGCAAAGGCGGCGGGAGAGAAUUAAAAAGAGAAUAGAGGUUGAAAUUUCUUGUGGGCGCAUGAUAUAUUCUUCUUUAUAAUAUUUUGGAUUUGAUGUACAAUGGUCGUCAUCAGCCUUGUCCGGAAAGAAUUUAAAAAGGAAAUGGGAAAAUGAUUUGGAAGCCAAAGUAGAGGAGUGGGGAUUAUCCAUGGUUGGUGUUCAACACGAGGAGGAUAACUUCUGGCCAAGUCUCUUCCUCUCUCUUCCAAUAGUCAAAUAGUGGGAACAGUGGUUUCCACAAAAACCGCUUUGGUCCUGACUCCUGAGUGGCUUUUAUGUGGAAAUUGGUAAGGCGCGUGUAAGAGUGGUGUUGUUCAGUUCAGAGGAGUGGGGUGGUGGUGGUAUAGUCUGGUUCAGUGGUCUGCUGGUGGUUCUCCGAAGCUGUGUGUGUGACUGUGCUAGCGGGUGAUCAAAAUUGUUUUUUUCAGUGCCCAAGAGAGGUUUUCGGGUGGUUUUGAAGUGGGCUUUUUUGGAUUUUUAAGUUCUGGGUAUUGAGAGAUGAAGUUUAUGAAGCUGGGAUCAAAGCCGGAUGCGUUUCAAGCAGAUGGCAACUGUAUCAGGUAUGUAGCAUCUGAGCUUGCUACUGAUGUUGUUAUAAUCAUUGGGGAAGUGAAAUUUUAUCUGCACAAGUUUCCUCUGUUGUCGAAGAGCAAUCGUUUGCAAAAGCUUGUACCAAGAGCCAAUGUGGAGAACACUGAUGAAGUCCGCAUGGUUGAUUUUCCAGGCGGACCAAAAGCAUUCGAGAUAUGUGCCAAAUUCUGUUAUGGUAUGACUGUCACCCUCAAUCCUUACAAUGUUGCCGCUGCUCGAUGCGCAGCUGAGUACCUGGAGAUGACAGAGAAUGCUGAUCAUGGAAACCUGAUUUUCAAAAUUGAGGUUUUCCUAAAUUCCAGUGUGUUCCGCAGUUGGAAAGAUUCUAUUAUAGUCCUUCAGUCUACCAAGUCUCUUCUACCAUGGUCUGAGGAUCUGAAGGUGGUUGGGAGAUGCAUAGAUUCUAUUGCUUCUAAAACCUCGGUAGACCCAUCAAAUGUCACUUGGUCAUACACCUAUGACCGCAAGUUAGCAGUGACAGAUCAGAUAUGUGAGAAUGGGGCAAGAUUACAGCAGAGAUUUCAAUCUGUCCCCAAAGACUGGUGGGUUGAAGAUAUAUGCGAGUUAGAUAUUGACUUUUACAAGCGAGUAAUGGUUACUGUGAGGUCAAAGGGGAGAAUGUCUGCUGAUGUGAUUGGUGAGGCGCUCAAGGCAUAUGCUAUCAGAUGGCUGCCAGAUUCUGUUAAUGCCCUGGUUUCUGAUGACUAUACCCUAAGGAACAGGUCUUUAGUUGAAGCCAUCAUCUGGUUAUUGCCUUCUGACAAGGGUUCUGAAUGUUUGUGUAGUUUCUUACUGAAGUUGUUGAAAGUGGCCAUCCUGGUUGGAGCUGGUGAUGCACCCAAGGAAGAGCUUUUGAAGAGGAUCUGUUGGCAGUUGGAUGAAGCUACUGUCACUGAUCUACUGAUUCCGGCACAAGCACCAGAUACCACCAUUUAUGAUGUGAAGCUGGUGCAGAACAUUGUGAACCGAUUUGUAAUGCAAGCCCGGCAUACUCAAGAUUUGGAUUUUAAGGAGAAGGUUUCAAAUGAUUUUUUGUUGGGGAAAGGGUCAUGGCUGAAUGCUGUCAAACUCGUCGAUGGGUAUCUGGCCAAAAUUUCCUUUGACCCAAAUCUAACUGUCUCCAGUUUCAUUGACCUCUCGCAACUGAUUCCUGAAUCAGCUAGACCAAUUCAUGAUGGGUUGUACAAGGCUAUAGACAUCUACCUGAAGGAGCACCCUAAUUUGUCAAAAAUUGACAAGAAAAAGAUUUGUGGACUGAUGGAUGUCAAGAAGUUGUCAAUGGAUGCAUGCAUGCAUGCAGCACAAAAUGAUCAUCUCCCACUUCGUGUGGUGGUCCAGGUCCUCUUCUUGGAGCAGGUCAGGGCUGCUGCUGGGGUCAUAAAUGCCCCACAAUAUAUUUCUCGUGAUAGUUCACGUUCCACUGCAAACAGAGAAGAAGAAUGGGAGAGUACAGUGCCAGAGGACUGCAAAUCACUUGAGAAACAAAUGAGCCAAAUGAAGAUUCGUGCUGAUGAUUAUCGGACGAACCGAGAGAAGAAGAAAAAGAAGGGAAGAAAAAACAAAGGUGGGGGUUUGUUGCUUCCAUCACGGUCAAGGAGAAUCUUUGAUAAAUUUUGGGUUGGGGGUAAGGGCCAUGGUGAAAACAGAAGCUCAGAAACAUCAGGGAGUUCUCAGAGCCCAACUUCACUGAAUCCCGGGGAGACGAGAUCUUCUUUUUCCUUGAGACACACAAGGAAUUCCACAUCUUGAAGUAUCUUGAGAUGUACAUGUCCUGGUGCAGUUCAGAAGAUCAUACUACCAAAUCAAAGUGUAAACAGUGAUGGUAGUCUACUGAGGCUGAUUUAUGUCAUCUCUUCCUGCUAUAGUAAUCCGAAGGAGGUUUUGCUGCAGAAAGAUGUAAUUAGUUCUUCCUGAUCCCUUUCCUAUUAAUCUUCAUGUUCGCGUAGAGUAUUGUCUUCCACCGUUCUCCAUAGUGCAUUGGUUCAAUAAGAAUUUUUUUUCUUUUCUUCCUUCUUUUCCCAUCUCAAACGGUUAUUUGUUAAGAUAUGGUGUGCCGACAUUUAUUUGAAUGACAAAAUUUCUGUGUAUCAUCAA